GGAUUCUCCCUCAGUUUCAUUAUAACCGAAAUGCAAAAACAGAAGCUGAAACCUGACGCAUACAAAAACCAUUCCCUUUCUUCAUUCCUUCCGCGACUAGUAACUAUUUUCUAUUUCGCAUGUUUUCCUUGCACUUCUGGCUGCUCCAUUCAACAACUAUGCAAGUUUCAUUUCAUCAGGGUUCACAUUUCACAGCGGUUGAAUUGUUCUCGGGUGAAAUUAUUAUGUUGCAUGGGUUGUUUAUGCGCUAAGACCUGAAUGCCUGAGUUAAUGAUUAUAGAUAUGGAACCGUAAUUGUUCAUUUUUGAAUUUGUGCCUAUGGAUAUGGAGCCGUAAUUGUUCACUUUUGAAUUUCUGCCUAUGGAUAUGGAGCCGUAAUUUCUUAUUUUUGAAUUUGUGCCUAUGGAUAUGGAGCUGUAAUUGUUUAUUUUGAUCCUAUGGAUCAAGAAUUGAUUAACGAGUCUAUGAGAUUGGGGGUUGUUGAUGAGGGUUUACAACUCCAAACUAAAGAUGAGGAGCUUUCAGUAAACCCCGAGAGCAACAAAAUAAUAAAACCCCAAGAUGACCACAAUGACUCCUCCCAUAUCCCACCCCCAGAAUGUACUGACGUUAGACAAGGUACUAUGUCACGACUUCAGCAUCAAAUUCGCCUUUCCGGUGACGCUGAUGAUAUGGUUGAAGAAUUGACAGUGAGAAGUUGCAAUGGUUCGAGCUUAGAUAUUGGUACACAGGGCAAUCAAGGGCCUGCGUAUAAUACUCAGAGCCAAAGGCAGCUAGCAAGUGAUUCAGGAAUUGGAACUUUACUUCUUGGUGAUACUGGGUGUAGAAACAGUGACCAAGCUUCCUCAAAAGUUAUAUCUAGAUCAGGAUUUGCUGAGUAUUUUAUUAAAAAUACGAUAAAGGGAAAGGAUAUUGUGUGUAAAGAUUCAUCUUCUAUUGGCUUGACUGUUGAGUCUAGAGAUCAGAAUCUGAUGAAGGCUGGCAUUGGUACUCAGAUGGAUUCCAGUGUCCCGCUAAGCCCUGGCUCAACGACUGCAAAGUCUCCUUAUAAUGCUUCAUUGCCAAAAUCUCAUGGGUCUCAAUUUAAUGGGGUCAGUUUAAGAGAAUGGUUGAACGCUGGGCGACUCAAACGAAGCAAAGCAGAGUGUUUGAGUAUAUUUAGAAAGAUUGUAGAUUUGGUGGAUGGCUCACACUCUCAGGGGUUUGCAUUGCGCAACCUGAACCCGUCUUAUAUUAAAGUGUUACCAUCAAACCAGGUUAUCUACCUUGGGUUACAGAAACAUAUGUUAGAUAAUGGUGCAAAUUCAGAAGUUCUUCAAUUACGAAGUUCCUCUAUUCGAAAAAGGAUGUCAGAGCAGGUAACAUCUCCCUCUCAUGAUGCAUGGUUAAAGAAACAAAAAUUUAAUGAGUAUGUGAGAGGUGCUGGUGAUCGGAGUCAGUGCCCUUCAAGGCCUGACUUGUAUCUUCAAAUUACUGUUGAUAGCAAAGUUGGUUCAGCUGGUUCAAAAGAUUAUCACAACCAAUAUAAGUAUGUCCAAUUUCCGAAACAUAAUAUUUGGAAAGUGCCUAGCGUCCCUGACAUAUCCAAUGGAGGUCUACUGCAGUUGACUUCUUUGAAUGAAAGAUCAGAAGAUAAGUGGUAUAAAAGUCCCGAUGGAGGCUGUACUACAUCAGCAAAUAUCUACUCUCUGGGUGUUCUCUUUUUUGAGUUGCUCAGUCAAUUUGACUCUGAAGGAUCCCAUAUUGCAGCAAUGUCUGAUCUUCAUCAUAGGAUUCUACCUCAGGCUUUCCUGUCAGAAAAUCCUCUGGAAGCCGGGUUUUGUCUUUGGCUGUUGCAUCCUGAGUCAUCAUCACGUCCAACAACACGGGAGAUACUACGAUCUGAAGUAUUUAAUGGAAUUCAGGAGGUUUAUAGUGAAAAAUUAUUAUUAGAUUUUGACAAAGCAGAAGCACAAUCGGAAUUGUUAUUGCAUUUCCUCAUCUUGUUAAAAGAGGAGAGGCAAAAGAAUGCGUUCAAACUGGAAGAAGUCACCAGAUUCUUGGAAUCAGAUAUAGAAGAGGUGGUGAGGGGACAUAGCUCUGGAAAAUACUUGGUUUCUGCUGGCUUGCAUAACGAUAUAUCUUGCCAUAAUGAGAGUUCAUCUCUCAACAAAAAACCUUCAUGUUCAGAAUCAGUAUCCCCUGCAUGCCCAAUCUCUAAUGCAAACCAAAUGAGAGUCAUAAGAAAUAUGUGCCAGCUUGAAAAUGCUUAUGUUUCAAUGAGAUCUAAAAUUCAGAUUCCUGAAACAGAUGCUGCAACUCACCCACAUAAAGAUAAACCAAGAGAUAGGUUUGUGGCACAAAGAGGCAAGGAACAAGAUAAAAAAACAGAUUCUUUAGGAGCCUUUUUUGAUGGUUUUUGCAAGUAUCUACGUUAUAGCAAGUUUGAGGAGCGGAGUGUAUUGAGAAAUUCAGAUAUUAACAGUCUUGGAAAUGUAAUUUGCUCUCUAAGUUUUGAUAGGGAUGAAGAGUACUUCGCUGCUGCUGGGGUAUCAAAGAAAAUAAAAAUUUAUGAGUUCAGCUCACUUUUCAAUGACUUAGCUGAAAUCCAUUAUCCUGUAGUUGAGAUGUCAAAUGAAUCAAAGUUCAGUUGUGUAUGCUGGAAUAGCUACAUCAGGAACUAUCUUGCCUCCACAGACUACGAUGGAGUUGUUAAGCUAUGGGAUGGUAUUACAGGUCAAGGGUUUGCUCACUUCACUGAACAUGAAAAGAGGGCUUGGUCUGUUGAUUUCUCUCCGGCAUACCCUACAAAAUUUGCUAGUGGGAGUGAUGAUUGUUCUGUGAAGCUGUGGAGUAUCAAUGAGAGAAACUCUGUAGGCACAAUCCAGAAUGUUGCAAAUGUCUGCUGUGUUCAAUUCUCUGCUUAUUCAUCUAAUUUACUGGCUUUUGGAUCGGCAAAUUACUUGACUUAUUGCUAUGAUCUUCGCAAUCUUAGAAGCCCCUUGUGUGUGUUGGCUGGCCAUCAUAAAGCUGUAAGCUAUGUCAAAUUUUUGGACUCUGUAACACUUGUUUCUUCAUCAACCGACAAUACAUUAAAGAUCUGGGAUCUCAACAAAACCUCUCCCGUGGGUCCUUCUACUAAUGCUUGCAGCUUAACCUUGUCAGGGCAUACCAAUCAGAAGAAUUUCGUGGGUUUAUCGGUUGCUGAUGGAUAUAUUGCAUGUGGCUCUGAAACAAAUGAGGUUUAUGCCUACUAUAAAUCUCUUCCCCAGCAAAUCACAUCACACAAGUUUGGGUCCGUGGAUCCCAUUAAUGGUAAAAAGACUUAUGAUGACUAUGGCCAUUUUGUUUCAAGUGUGUGCUGGAAAGGGAAAUCAGACAUGGUUAUUGCGGCCAAUUCAAGUGGGUGUAUAAAAGUGUUACAGAUUGUGUGAAGGAAAGUCAACUUGAUGAUGGCUCUGUUUGUGCAGCCCGGUGUGAGCCAUGAUUGGAUGGGGAAACAAGUCACAAUCUAAUCCAAAUUUUCUAAUAUGAAGGUUGGAUUCAACAGGAUGUAGAAGUUAAGGCUUUAAACCAAAACUUUUUGGCAUUUGCAGAGAGACCUGUUACACAGAUUUAGACAUGGGCAAUUGGGCAUGGCAGGAGUUGCUUGUAAUUUAUAAGUUGAGGAAUAUAGCUAGCUACUAUCGCUAUGAAGAGGACUAGCUACAAACGCUAAUAUUUGAAAGCAAAGAACCUUGAAAUUUCUAUUUUAGCUUUGCCCGGACUUGUAUAUAUUACAUUAACGUUGUAGUCGGACGUCGUUAGAUUUUUUGUUGCUUUACAAAUGUCAUCUUAUCACAGUACUUUUUUCUUUCAUAAGGA